AUGCGUGGGACUGAAGAAAUUAUUGCCCAACGAAUCCUCCGCACCAACUUCCCUUUGAGAAUAACUGUGAAACUGUUGCGGGAACUGCGCAGCCUGAUCAGCGUGGUUUCUUGGGGUGUCUCUCGGUGCUACCUCUCUAGACAUGGCGCCAUGGAAUGCUGGAUUAUGUGCGAUCCGAUGUCGGAGUUCGGCGGAGAUUCUAUAACCAAAGAUUCUUCAGACGACGGCGUCAUUGUGGAUAGCGUUCCUGAGCUCGCACCCGUAGUCGAGCUCUCCCCUGACCGCACGGAGAGUGACACGCUAAAGGAAGAGCCACUAUUAUGGUCUCGGUUAUCCGGUGUCGAAUUGCUCCUGUACACGUUGAAGUAA